AUAUACAUACCUAUGGACACAGAAGCUUCUUCAAGUUCUAUAUUCUGCGACCCUGGCGACUCAAAAGCUCAUUCUAACAUUGAAGUGCUCAAUGUAAAUAAUGUGGAUUCUGCAGGCGGGGUGGUGUUGAAUGAUGAAAAGCUGCUAGAAUUUAUACAGAUGUAUCCAUUUUUAUACAAUCCACGCGUACGCCCAUUUGAGGAUCCCGAUUAUGACGAAUGGGCAUGGAACCGCAUUACAUCAGCGUUCAAUGUGACCUAUACGGGAUUCCUGCCACCAGUCCUUUUCACCAAAGCGGACUUACAGCGUCGCUGGAACAAACUACAACCAAUUAUAAAGAAAAUGGCGAAAAUGCUAGAUUUAACUGCAAUACCAGAACCCUUGCGGCAGCUAAUUGUAAAGAUCAGUAUUCAGCUCGAGGAUCAAUUUACCGACGUUCGAGUAAAUAGUUUAUCGCCUGCGCAACAAAUCAUUAACGAUAAUAUGAAAAUGGUCGAACAAUUGCCACUGAAUAAACGACUACAGUUGGAAGCUGAAAUGAUGGAAUUGAUAUUAAGUGGCGAAUUGGAAGCUAAAGCCACAGUCAAGUUAACGGAGUGGAAUUUACAAAGCGUGGAAGAGGAAUACGAUGAAUUGCUCAAUUUGAUGAACAUUAAGGAACUUAUUGUAUUAAAAUCUACCGAUACGCCCUUAAUGAAUGAAGCGAUAGAUAAUUCUCAGGAACAGUUGGUUUCAAGUACUACGUCGAAUGCAUCAUGUGAAAUUAACUUGGCCAGUGAUAGUAGCUCGGACGCAAAAUAUGAAGGGACAAAUGUUAUAGAUUUCGAAGCUGAAAUGGGCGACGGCACACAAAUAUAUAAAUCGCCUAGGUAUAAUAAAAAUAAAAUUGAUGAUGGUUUACAACCAGCUUCCACUAAAUAUAGGAAAAUAUCACUUAAACCUAAAACAGUAAUGCAAUGGGUUCCUUUGGAAGAUGCCCAUAAGUACGUAAAUCGCUGUAUGGUUCGGUUGAAACGUACGAAUAUGGAAGACUAUAUACCACUGUCGUUCAUAAGGCGACAACGUAAAAGUUCAACGCGUUCCCAAUAGCGAAACCACGAUUUCAAAUUAAUAGUAACAUACAAUAAUCAUAUAAUUAUAUGUACUUAGUUUUAUGGCAAGAAAAUGAAAUAUUUACUCCACUCUACUAAAAUAAAAUGUCUAAUAAAAGGACUAAAUCAUAUUAA